AUGGAUUGUGGUACUAUUGAAGAUGAAGGUAUCAGGGUUGACAACCUUGAUGAUGAUGACAACGCAUGUUGUUGGGAGCCUGCAACAGGGAUGUGUUUUUCUUGCUUAGAAGAAGUCAAAUCAUUUUAUGAAGAGUAUGCUUCGAGAAAGGGUUUUGGGUGGAAGAUUAGAUCUUCAAGAAAAAGGCAAGAUGGAGAGCCCUGCUACUUAAUUUUAUCAUGCUCAAGAGAGGGGUCUAAAGUGUCAAAAAUUUCGUGUACGUUAAAAACACUUCCAAUUAAGGUAAAUAAUUGUCCUGCCAAGAUUGUUAUUAAGUUGGAUAAAGAUGGAUUGUGGAACAUUACAAAAUUUGAACCUGAUCAUACUCACGAGACGAGUCAUACAAAGGCAAGCAAGACAUUUCAAUCUCUUGUUAAAGAUGCAAGAGGACAUGAAAACGUACCAUUUUGUGAAACAGACGUGAGGAAUUAUGUUAACAAGGAACGACACGCAAUAGGAAAAGAAGGUGAUGGAAAGGCCUUGAUAAGCUAUUUUUGCCAAAUUAGGGAACAAAAUUCAGAUUUCUUCUAUGACAUAGAUUUGGAUGAUGAUUUUCACGUAAGGAAUGUGUUUUGGGCUGACGCAAGAAGUAGAGCUGCUUAUGAAUACUUUGGAAAUGUUGUGACUUUUGACACAACAUAUUUGACUAAUAAGUAUGACAUGCCUUUUGUUGCGUUUGUUGGUGUGAAUCACCAUGGUCAAUCAACAUUACUUGGAUGUGGACUGUUGUCAGGUGAAGAUACAUAUUCAUUUGUAUGGCUUUUCAAAUCAUGGCUUCAUUGUAUGCUAGGAAAUGCCCCUCUGGGUAUUGUGACUGACCAAUGCAAGGCUAUGAAAAAUGCCAUUGAGUUAGUCUUUCCUACAACUCGUCAUAGGUGGUGUUUAUGA